AUGUCGGUGGAUAUCGCUGGCCUCGUCUCCGUCAUCGUCUUCUACGUCGCCAUCCUGGUUGUGGGACUAUGGGCCGCCAGGAAAACUGGGUUCCGAACCAAGAAUCUUAAAAUUGAUGAUGUGAUGUUAGCCAAUAGAUCUAUCGGUGUAUUUAUGGGGACCUUCACGAUGACAGCUACCUGGGUUGGUGGAGGCUACAUCAAUGGCACCACUGAGGUUGUAGCAGCAGCGGGUGGUCUUGUCUGGUGCCAGGCUCCUGUGGGAUACGCCAUUAGCCUCAUUUUCGGAGGACUGUUCUUCUCGGACAAGAUGCGAGACUCAGGCUUCACGACCAUGCUCGACCCCUUCCAUUGGAAGUAUGGCGAUUUAAUGAACUGUCUGUUGUACCUGCCAGCGGUCUGUGGGGAUAUCUUCUGGUCAGCAGCUAUCCUUGCUGCUUUAGGGGCGUCUCUGAAAGUGAUCCUGGACAUGAACUUGGAGCUGGCCAUCAUUGUUUCUGCAGCCAUCGCUUGUGUGUACACGCUCCUGGGCGGCCUCUACUCGGUGGCCUAUACUGACGUCAUUCAGCUGAUCUGUAUGUUCAUUGGACUGUGGUUAUGUAUUCCGUUUUCCAUGACACACGAUGCAGUCAAGCCGAUCACAUCUACUUCGUCAGUCUGGCUAGGGGAGCUAAACACACGUUACAUAGCCAACUAUAUUGACUUUGGACUGUUAUUGAUAUGCGGUGGUAUCCCCUGGCAGGUUUACUGGCAAAGGGCGCUGGCAGCAAAGUCGUCACAAGUGGCUCGAUGGUUGAGCUACAUGGGAUCUGUCGGCUGUAUCCUCAUGGCCAUCCCCUCGGUCUUGAUGGGUGCAGUCGCCGCUUCUACGGACUGGAAUAACACAGACUAUGGUCACUCAAAGAUUUCAGCUAACGACACGACUCUGAUUCUCCCAUUGGUGAUGCGCUACCUGUGUCCACCUGCGGUCACUUUUAUAGGGCUGGGAGCGGUCUCUGCAGCCGUGAUGUCCUCUACAGACUCCUCUGUGUUGUCUUCAAGCAGCAUGUUUGCCAGAAACGUCUUUGGGGUCAUGUAUGCCAGGAUACAUAAAGUCAAGGUGUCCGAGACAGCCCAAGUGUGGGUCAUGAGGCUUGCCCAGGUGGUCAUCACAGUACUGGCCUGUUACAUGGCCAUCAGCGUCAGCUCCAUCUACCGGUUGUGGAUUCUCUGUAGCGACUUCGUGUACGUGAUCCUCUUCCCUCAGCUGGUCUGUGUCAUGUACAUCCGGGACACCAACUCGUACGGAUCUUUCGCGGCGUUUGUCUUGGGCUUGUUGUUUCGUCUGCUGGGCGGUGAUGCUUCUCUGGGCAUUCCUGCUGCCAUCAAAUAUCCAUGGUACGACGAGGAGAGCAACACUCAGCUAUUUCCCUACAGGACUCUGUCUAUGCUUAUCUCCAUGGUAACACUGAUAACCGUCUCGUUUAUGAUGCGGCUACUCCCGCUCUCCUUGGAUAAAUAUGGCUGCUUCCAGGUAAGCUGCCUAUUAUUGAUCAACACGGUUUGGGGAAUGCAUGUUUAA